AUGUAGCAGGACAAAGGCAGGAUAUAUUAUGGCAGGUUUGUCCAGAGGGAUAAAUUAAGCCAAGGUAUGAAGAGAAUAAAUUUUUUAGGGUCAUUUGGAGUAGUUUAUAUUUGCCAUGAUAAAGUUACUAGAGAUUAUGUUGCCAUAAAAGUGGAAAAGGAAAAUAAAGAUUUAAUGAGUUUAGAACGAGAAAUUUAAAUCAUAGAGGAACUUCGAGGAAUAACAGGUAUUAAUAAAUUUAAAUACAUCAAGGUGUUCCAAAGUUAUAUUGGUAUGGAAAUGAGUAUAAUUAAAAUUGUAUGGCAAUGCAAUUGCUUGGAAGAGACUUAUCUCAUUUUUAAAAGAAAUUUAAGAAACUCUCAUUAAAAACAGUAUGCAACCUAGCUGAAUAAUUACUUACUAUUCUAGAAGAGAUUCAUAAAAGGUACCAUAUAAAAAUAUUUAAAGGGGUGUCAUCCAUAGAGACAUAAAACCAGAAAACAUCUUAAUGGGAAGAGGAAACGAUUCUUAAUAAGUUUACAUGGUUGAUUUUGGAAUAUCUAAGAAAUUUCGAAAUAACAAUUAGCAUAUGUAUAUUUUUUUUAUUUAUCUAGUCCAUUCCAAGAAAACAAACCUUUCAUAGGCACAACUCGAUAUGCUAGCAUUUCUGCUCAUAAGGGUUAUGAAUUAUCAAGAAAGGAUGACUUAGAAAGUUUAGGAUAUGUUUUUAUAUAUUUGCUCAGAGGUAAAUUAAAUAAUAUGUAUGAAAUUAGGGAAUCUACCAUGGUAAAAUAUCACAUCCACUUCUGAUAAAGAGAAAACUAAGUUAGUAGGUAAAUUAAAAAUGGAACUUGAAUUAAAGGAUUUAUGCAAAGGAUUGCCUAAUGAAUUUUAAAAAUAUAUGGAUUACGUUUACAAAUUGAAAUUUGCAUCUACUCCAGAUUAUUAAUAUUUACAAGGUUUAUUUAAAAGAAUAGCUCAAUAGAAUAACUUUAAUUUUGAUAGAAAAUUUGAUUGGAUGGACAAUCAAACUACUUCUACUAAAUCUUCAGAUUAAGCUUAGUAAUCUUCUAAUGAAAUUGAUAUUUCAAAUAUCUAAGGUGAUUACCUUAAGCUAAAAAAGAGUGAAAAACGUAAAUCUUAUCAAAUAGAUUAAACUUCGUAAUAAUCUUCAGUUGUUCUCAAUUAUGCUCCUUCAAUUGUAUCUAAUAGAAAUAAUGUAAAUUUUUCGAGAUCUCGAUAAAAUUCAAAAUAAUCUUAUUCCAGAGAGUCUUCAUUAGUAAAAUAACCGAAGGCAUAGAAAUUUCAAGGAGUAUUUUUCUAAAAUCGAGAAUUUAGAGAUUUCGAUGAACAAGAAAACAAAAAAAAGAAAAGUCCAAUAAAUUUUUCAGAGUUUGAUGAUUUUGAUAAUUUUGAUGACGAAUUAAAUGAUGAUGAAGAAUAGAUAUAUUAAGAACAAAGAAAAGUUGGAAUGAUAAAAGUUCAUUUUAAAGAACAUCUAUCGAAACAAUGA